ACGCACUCUUGUACCAGAGCGCAGCUGUCACCAUUACUUCACGCUUAUUGGCCCGAGACCGAGAGAGGCAAAGGCAAACAACUGGAGAGAGAGAGAGAGAGAGGGAGAGGGAGAGAGAGUUGGACCCCUGCUCCAUCGAUCUGCUCAGGCGUACUCUGGAGUUUCUCCCGGACGUUGGCCACAUUUUCCGCUCUUUCUGUUUUUGCGCAGAGGGAAUGCCCAGAGGUUGUCUGCCUGGAUCAUGCUCCUGGGAAAUCUGGUAGUGGUUUUGUUCUGUCUGUGGCGUUCUGAUGUCAGCUCAGCUUAUGUUUUCCAAGCCAGCGGGCCGUCGGAGGGCGGAGACAGCCCCCCCUCUCCAGUUAAAGACGUGUCUGAGAGGGGGAGCUUGGUGGGAUCCUGUAAAGGACGCUGCUUUGAGCUGGACGAGGCCAAACCUCCAAUAUGUAGGUGUGACAAUCUGUGCAAGACCUACUACAGCUGCUGCACCGACUUCGACAGGCUGUGUCUGAAAACGGCGGGGGGCUUCGAGUGCUCGCCGGAUCGCUGCGGGGAGGAGAGGAACGAUGAGCACGCCUGUCACUGCUCCGAGGAUUGUCUGGAGAAGGGGGACUGCUGCUCUAACUACAAGUCUCUCUGCAAAGGUGAGACUUCGUGGGUCCAGGGGGACUGUGAGGAGAUCACGAGUCCUGAGUGUCCUGCAGGAUUCAUCCGUCCUCCUCUCAUCAUGCUGUCCGUCGAUGGAUUCAGAGCCUCCUACCUGAAGAAGGGAAGAUCUGUCAUCCCUAACAUACACAAGCUCAGAUCGUGUGGUACGACGUCACCAUACAUGCGGCCGGUCUACCCAUCAAAAACAUUCCCUAACUUAUACACCCUGGCCACGGGCCUUUACCCAGAGUCCCACGGCAUUGUGGGUAACACCAUGCACGACCCGGUGUUCAAUGCCACCUUCAGCCUGAGAACCAGAGAGAAACUCAACCACCGCUGGUGGGGCGGGCAGCCUAUCUGGAUCACGUCACAGGAACAAGGAGUGAAGGCGGGCACUUUCUUCUGGCCUUGGUACUUAAGUUGGGUGAUUCCACUGGAGAGGAGGAUUCUGACCAUCCUGCGCUGGCUGCAUCUGCCCGAUGAUGAGAGGCCGUACGUUUACGCCGUCCACUCGGAGCAGCCUGACACCUUUGGACAUCGCCUGGGCCCGCUCAGCAGCGAGCUGGACAAUCCUCUAAGGGAGAUCGAUAACAUCAUCGGUCAGCUGAUGAACGGGCUGAAGCAGAUGGGUCUGCACCGCUGCAUCAAUGUCAUCAUUGUAGGAGACCACGGUAUGGAGGAGGCUCACUGUGAUUGGACGGAGUUUCUCAGCAGCUACCCGCUCAACAUCGACGAGAUCAACCUGGUGCCGGGCUCAGUGGGCAGAAUACGACCCCGAGACCCCAGAUCAACCACAUAUGAUCCCAAAGUCGUGGUGGCAAACCUGACGUGUAAAAUGCCAACUCAACACUUCAAGCCGUACCUGAAGCAGCAUUUACCCAAGAGGCUUCACUACGCCAACAACCGUAGGAUCGAGGACGUCCAGCUGCUGAUGGAGAGGAAGUGGCACAUCGCCAGAAGAAUGCCAGAAAAACUGAGGACUCGAUGUGGUUUCUUUGGUGACCAUGGCUUUGACAACAAGAUCACCAGCAUGAGGACCAUAUUCGUGGGUCACGGACCCAGCUUUAAGUUCCAGAAAAAAGUACCAGAGUUUGAAAAUAUAGAAUUAUACAACGUCAUGUGUGACCUGUUAGGGUUGAAGCCGGCUCCAAACAACGGGACACACGGCAGCUUGAACGACAUGCUGAAAGAUCCACCGUUCAAUCCCAUCAUGCCUGAGGAAGUGACAGCACCGUCGCCGGCGUCUGACCCCGAGGCCUACAUCACCCACGACCUGGGCUGUAGCUGCGACGAUGAGAACAAGGUGGAGGAGGUCAUUGAAGCCUUCGUGCCUGCACCUGAUGGAGUCUACACCUACAACAGUACGCACCUCCCGUUUGGUCGACCAGCAGUGCUGUUUGACACUCAGUACAGUUUACUUCAUCAUGUGGAGUUCAUCAGUGGAUACAGCAAAGAGCUGGCGAUGCCUCUGUGGACGUCGUACACGAUACCACGACAGGAGGACUUGACCCCGGCUCCGGAAGUUUCCCCCAGUGUUCAGUGUAUCCGAGUCGACUCCAGAAUAUCAGCCGAGCACAGUCAGAGCUGCACCAGCUACAGCCAGAGUCCACAGCUCACCCACGGCUUCCUGUUCCCGCCAGAGCUAGCAUCGUCUCCAGAGUCCAGAUUUGACUCCUCACUCAUCACGAACAUCGUCCCCAUGUACCCCGCCUUCAAGAGAAUGUGGAAUUACCUGCAGGGGACGCUGCUGAGACGUUAUGCCGAGGAGAACAACGGUAUCAACGUUCUUACGGGGCCCGUCUUUGACAACAACUACGACGGCCUCAGAGACACCAUUGAGAAGAUAAAAGAGUACACGACCGAAGCCCCGCCCAUCCCAACCCACUUCUACACGGUGGUGACCAGCUGUGCCGAGGUGAACCAGACCGUGGACGAGUGUGACGGCGACCUGAGCGUGUUUUCAUUCCUGCUGCCACACAGACCUGACAACACUGAAGCAUGCAAUAGUGCUGAUGAUGAGUCCCAGUGGGUGGAGGACCUGCUGAAGCUCCACACGGCCCGGGUCCGAGACGUGGAGAUCCUGAGCGGCCUGGACCUGUAUCGCUCCACAAACCUGACCUACAUCAGCACGCUGAGCCUGAAAACCCAGCUGCGCACCUUCGAGGGCGACGACUAGACCCACGGACGGAUACGAGCACGCUCACUUAUACAGGAUGUAGCCCUUUUGUGUAGAAGUUUUGCAUUUUCACCGCACGCCCAACAGCGGACAGCCGGGACGGCCCGAGGAGAGCUCGGAGAAGGGAACAUAUAUAUUUUUGAAAAUUGAAAAGAUUAAAAUGAUGGUUUGGUCAGUUUUAGUUUGGAAGAUUUAAACUAUGCAGCGAAUCAGAGAGAGUAAGCUAGCACAGAAACAAUGCAGGACUGGACUCUGUCAACACCGCCGCACUUCACAUGUUUAAUAAAGACAGAAUCUCUUUGUUUUAGCUCCUAACAGUCAGACCUUGUUUUCAUACUUAACCACAUUCACAUCUGGACCGUUUUCCUGUAACAUCGCCUCAUUGUGGGACGCUUAAAUACCAUGAAAAUAGUUUUGUUUGGUUUGAGGUUGCAGAUCAUACUUUAACAGUUAAACGGGCGUCACAUGCACCAACACGUAAAUCACAGCAUCACACUUUAGCAGUAGAUGGCAUCAUGUCACACUGAAGAACUCCAGAUGGGGGCCAAGAAGGCAUUUCUGCAUAGAGAAGCUCUAUCAAAAUGCUGAAGUUUUUAGCUGUUCAUGUCUGUGCCAGCUGUUCAAAUAAAUAAAUGAAUAAAUAAACAAUAUUGGGCUACUUUUGAGUCCCUACAGUAGUGGAACAUUCCAGUAAAAAAAAAGGUUGAAAAAGCUUAAAUCCUCCGUCUUGGUCCGUUUGUCCAGUUUGUCACAGUAUCAUUGUUACAGUCGAUAGUAUUUCUCCCUUUUGUGUGAUUGGCAGCCUUAAAUAAAGCUCUGCACCAUUCUGACAGCACUUAAACCUCCCACCGUGAGACAGCUGUAAGAGGAAAACCACCUACGCUGGAUGCUUCUGUAUUUCUGGGGCCAUUUAUACCUUCCAUUAACAUCCGUUUUCAGCGUCCGGAUUCUGAGAUUUCCAGAAUUCACUUGCCCACCUUUCAUGCAAAGAACUGGCUGAUAUAAACUAGCUAGAUGAUAAAUCAUGUAGGGUACUGGUUAGAUUGGAAUAAUGACGGGCUCAGACUGGUCUGCAUGCAAAAGGCUAGGAUGGAAUGUUUAUAAGCAUUACAGAACGACAACAUUUUUAAGGCAAGGGUGGAAUGUUUAUAAGCAUUACAGAA